GUGGGAUGUGUCAACUGUCAAAUAAAUGUGUUUCAUGUUUGUAUUGCGUGCCUAAAAUUAAUUUCUUUCGUACAUUUUGAAUUUAUUUACUGUUUGUAUUCAAACGAUAAUCAAUCGCCCUUUUACUUCGCAUUUAAGAACCCCUGUAAAAGGUCAAGUGAUAUUGAACUUGCUGUUAUAUUUAGAGAUCAGUUGGAAUUUAUCAAUUGAACUAUCAACAUGGCUGCUAAUGGAAAAUUGGCGCUUUUAAGCGUCUCCGACAAGACUGGUCUGUUACCACUCGCGAAAUACCUUUCCGAGAUCGGUCUGAACCUUGUUGGUAGCGGAGGUACUGCAGCAGCUCUACGCAAUGCUGGUCUGAAAGUGCUCGAUGUGUCAGACAUCACAGGGGCUCCGGAAAUGCUGAGAGGACGAGUCAAGUCCUUGCAUCCAGCUGUGCACGCGGGGAUCUUAUCGAGGCUCACCGACUCCGACCAAGCCGACAUGAAACGCCAGAACUACGACAUGAUAAGCGUCGUAGUUUGCAACCUAUACCCAUUUGUGGAGACAGUUUCCAAACCAAACGUCACAAUAGCUGAUGCAGUAGAGAACAUCGAUAUUGGAGGAGUGACGCUAUUAAGAGCUGCGGCCAAGAACCAUGAUAGAGUGACUGUUAUAUGCGAUCCGGCGGAUUAUAAUGUGGUUAUCGAGGAAUUAAAGAAGAAUGCUGAUCGGCAAACGUCUUUAGAGACUAGGCAAAGACUAGCUCUAAAGGCGUUCACACACACGUCGCAAUACGACACAGCGAUUUCGGACUACUUCCGUAAACAAUAUUCCGCUGGACAGUCACAGUUAACACUCAGAUAUGGAAUGAAUCCCCACCAAAAGCCCGCCCAAGUGUUCACCACACAAGACAAACUUCCGCUAACAACCCUGAACGGUUCACCCGGCUUCAUUAACCUGUGCGAUGCGUUGAACGCAUGGCAACUGGUAUAUGAGCUCAGUGCAGCACUGGGGUUGCCAGCUGCGACGAGCUUCAAGCACGUGUCGCCAGCUGGAGCGGCUGUGGGGUUGCCAUUGUCACAAGAGGAGGCGUCAGUAUGUAUGGUCAGCGAUUUGCUACCAAAAUUGACUCCUCUAGCGUGCGCGUACGCACGAGCACGUGGUGCGGAUAGAAUGAGUUCCUUCGGAGAUUUCAUUGCCAUAUCCCAUACUUGUGACGAAGUUACAGCCAAGAUUAUUAGCAGGGAGGUAUCUGAUGGUAUUAUAGCACCGGGGUAUAGUAAGGAAGCCUUGGAUAUACUGAAAAAGAAGAAGGGCGGCAAUUAUUGUGUUUUGCAGAUGGACCCAAGCUACACACCUGAGUUAAUGGAACAGAAAACUAUCUUCGGUCUCACACUAGAACAGCGCAGGAACGACGCUAAAAUAACAGCGGAAUUAUUCAAGAACAUUGUGACAAAUAAUAAGAAUCUUCCGGAGAACGCUAUCAGGGAUUUGAUAGUGGCAACUAUCGCUUUGAAGUACACGCAGAGUAAUUCUGUUUGUUUCGCUAAGGAUGGUCAGGUGGUAGGCAUCGGCGCGGGCCAGCAGUCGCGCAUCCACUGCACGCGGCUGGCGGGCGGCAAGGCAGCGCUGUGGUGGCUGCGGCAUCACCCACGUGUGCUGGCUAUGCGCUUCAAGGCGGGCAUCAGUCGCGCGAUACAAGCCAACGCGAUCGAUAACUACGUGAGCGGCACUAUUGGGUCAGACCUACCGCUAGACCAAUGGAACGGUUUGUUCGAGGGAGCUGCUCCGGCCCUUUUCACAGAAGAAGAGAAAAACGAAUGGAUCACCAAAUUGGAUAAAGUGGCGCUGGCUUCGGACGCUUUCUUCCCGUUCAGAGACAAUAUUGAUAGGGCUGCGCAGGUUGGUGUGGAAUACAUCGGCAGCCCAGCUGGCUCCAACAACGAUCAAGAAGUUAUUGAAGCCUGCAACGAACACAAAAUCACACUGGCACACACCAACCUCAGACUGUUCCACCAUUGAUAUGAAUACAUAAAUUAAUAAAUUUUGG